AUGAGACUCUCUGACAUUACUUUAGCCGCUAUCAUUACUGCUACCUUUUCCUCUGCAGCACCUAUCGAGGCACCAACCUCUGAUGAAACACCUGCUCCAACUGAACCUUCCGGUAGAUUUCUUGAACAGGACAUCAUUUUCCCCCAACAAGCCAUCAAUGCCCAAACUUCCAUCUCUGAUGAUGAGGAGCCAAUUGUUGUCGAGAUUAAUGGACAAAAAGUAAUCUUGUUAAUUAAUACCACCCUUACUGAAGAAGCCCUUGAGAAAUCAGGCAUUUCUAUUGAUGACUUGAAUGCUCUUGCUGGUAACUCAACUGUUUCUAAAAGAGAUGCCAAUGCUGAUGCUGAUGCUAAGGGAAAGAAGUGGGGUUGGACAAGAUAUGGUUUCUUCGAACCAAUUGAGAAGAGAGAUGCUAACGCUGAUGCUGAUGCUAAGGGAAAGAAAUGGGGAUGGACCAGAUAUGGUUUCUUUGAGCCAAUUGAAAAGAGAGAUGCUAANGCUAAGGGAAAGAAAUGGGGAUGGACCAGAUAUGGUUUCUUUGAGCCAAUUGAAAAGAGAGAUGCUAACGCUGAUGCUGAUGCUAAGGGAAAGAAGUGGGGAUGGACCAGAUACGGUUUCUUCGAGCCAAUCGAAAAGAGAGAAUUUGAGGAAGUUGACGAAUCCUACAAGUUUGCUUGGAUCAAAAACAGAUUCUAUGAACCUGCUGUCGAAUCCUCCUAG